AAAAAUUUCUUUUUAAAUAUGGUAUAACCUACAUUUUUGGAACAAGUUACCGUCCACAAGGAAAUAUGGCAAAAAGAUAUGUGGCAAAUAUAAAAAAUGCGGUAAGGGUCAAUUGUUCCAGUAAACACAAUAACUGGGAUGAAUAUGUUGCCUGGAUCACCGCAAAUUUAAAUAAUUGCAUUAAUGAAUCCACUAAGUUAUCCGCCGCGGAAAUUUUUCUAGGUCGUAAUAUCAAAGACUUUGAAGUUGAAGUCGUUGGUCGUCUUCUGGUCGUUGUUUACUUCUGACUGGAUGUUCCGGUAGAGCAGGUUUCACAUCAUUAACCGAUUGGCUGCUAUAUCGCUAUAUUUUGGGAUUGGGUUUUGAUUUUCUAGAAAGUGGAUAUUUUCAAUAAGAAGAAUAUUAUUCUCCUUCAAGGCUGCGUCCGUAUCCUCAAGUUCGAGGACUAGUUUAAACAGUAUGAUUUCCCUAAGUUGAUCUUUAUCACCUUGUUGAACCGCUCAGCAGGAAGUACAGAUUAUACGUGGAUUAUUGAUGUUUUGUGGUACUGUUUCCCAAACAUCUCCCGUGAAAACAGCUACCGCAGGGGAUACAUAUCGCGUUUGAAAAUGACUUCGUAAGUAGUGGCGACUUAAUUUAAAGUAGGUUUUAGAUGGUCCUUCCGAGGACGUGUGGUCGUCGCCCGCCAUGUUGGAAUGAAUAAUGAAAUGUAACAAGAGAGUAUUACCAGAGGCUCAAAGAAAUUUGGCUAAAUAUUCGGUCGAUUGUUCCACCGCUAUCAGUUGAUCGUAUGAACAAAUGGGAAAAAUUUGAUAAAAUUGAAAAAAUUGGUUACUCCCAUGCACACACGCCUAAUCACUUUCAUAGGCAAAAAAUUGCCCGAGGCAUUUACGAUGUAGUUAUGGUAGUUAUAGGCCACAUUCCUCAUGUACUGCUUACGCUUCAACCACACCGCCGGUACAAUGGAUCAGCAAGUUACGUUGUUUAAAAUGUGGAGACAAACACUUAAUAAAAUAUUGUCAAAAAUCCGAUGAUAAUCCGUCUUGCGUACUCCCUCGAAAGAGCCACCUUGGGAAUAGCAAAAUAUGCGAGAAAAAAAAAGAGGAAGAAAACAGGGAAAAAAUAGAAAUCCGGAUUGUUCCGAAACAACUUAAUGAAAAGUAUCCCUGACUGUUCACGAAGCGUCAAAAGGAGUAUAUUACUCGGUGGUCAUGGAUCAAAUUGACAUGGACUCUUUACCCGACUACGAAGGCAUCUUGCGAAAAUUCAUCUUCUAUAUAUAUUUAUCCUAUUACUGUGGUUAUUACUCACCGAUGCUGCUAUUCGGUUGGUUUAAGUUGUCUUCUGGCGCCGUUAUUGCUGUGACUUCUACUUUUUAUAUCUUACAUUUAAUCUGCACGUUGUUGUUGAUUAUAGACUGUUUUGGAAUAUAUAUCGCACCGAGCGACAAGGACGUCCUAACUACGUGUUUGGCGCUUACGUUGAAACAUAAGUUAAAUUUGUUUACGAUUAACGGACCGAAAUUAACGGAAGAAAUUGUGAUGACCGUCAAAUUAUUAACCCUUCUUGGGACAGUAUCUUGGGUGAGUUUAGAAAAAGUGAUUGGUGAUUUAGUUGGUAAGUCUAUACUCGAUUCAAUGGAUACUGAAUAUAAUGUGGUGAUAUUUUUUACGGUUAUGUUCUUAAUAACCACAUUCAUUGCUUGUGUCUUAGAACUUGUUUUUCAGCCAUUCUUAAGAAAUGAAACGCCUCUCAAAACUCCGUUUCACUAUAUUGCAAUAGCAACUGUAAUAUUUGUAGGGGCAAUGGUACUCAGAGGUUUUUACUUGCAUGGUAGAGAACUGGAACAAAUAUCGCAACCACGACUGAGAGGACACUGUCAAUUAAGAUUUUUUAAUUCUCUAAGUGACGAGGUUUCCAUUAAAGUGAGAAGUUACAGUUAUAUUAAGAUAAAACCGUAUGGGGCGGCCUUUUUUCUCAAGAUUCCAACGCGUUUGGCAAUAAAAGUUCUAAUUACAACAAACCAUAGUUCGUUUAGUUUAGAUCUGCACGUUUUGGAACUUUACUCGUAUUCAUACAUCGUACAUUCGGACAGAAUUACGGAGGAGCUGGAACAAAGUCCCAUACGAGACAAAUGGAAACUCCGAUCGGAUACUGCAUAUUUUUUCCUUUUGGACAGCAAACUGGCAAAAGUUUUAACGUUUUAUAAAGAAGGCAAAUUGUCUAAAACGUACAAUAUGUCAGAACGACAAAGAAUCUAUGCAAUACCACCGGGAAUUUACGCUGUUCACAUAAAAACGAAUAGCAGUGAGACAACAACUAACGCAAAAUGGCUAAAGCCAGGUUUUGUUUAUUGCCUAUUUAUUCACUUGAUACAAAACGAUACUUCCGCAAUUGAAGGAAAAUUUUUUUUCAACACCAUGAAAAGCGACGAAAAUUACUACGCACUAGGAGUGCAAGGUUUGAUGUUUUCAGUCGGGCACAUGACGAUGUUCGUCACUAUCAUGUUCUACGUACAAACUGAAUCUUCUGUGUCUUCGAAAGGCACGGUUUUUACCUGGACGAUGAUUUUGUUCCAUUUGGCAGAUAAAAUAAUGCACGGUAAAAAAGCUAUUUUCAGCAAUGCUACUUCACUCACGUAUUACACCACAGCAUUUUUUCUUGCGGCCUUUAUCAUUGUGUCUAUUAAUGCUGCACUACGAUACAAAUUUACAGAAUACUCGUUAAAAUAAAAUAAUUUUUUUAGAUCCAGCAGUAGUUUUUUUCCGAAAAAACAAUGUAUUUUGUGUGAAGACAUUUCUUAAAUGCCUUAUUCAGGAAAGCUAGUUGAAUAGCUUUCGUUGAGCGUUAAAUUCUUUUCUUAACUUUUUAUUCUUCUGCAUCCACCAUUAAUAACUUACAGUGCUCGCAUUUAGGGAAAUAUCUCUAAAUCGAAUUUUCCUAUGCUCCCCAACAUGUGCAAAAUGAUGCUCUAAGUAAGAUUACAGGGGUUUACGUUGUUCUCUGUUAAACUACAUGGUAGUAAACCUAAACAUACGUUGCAUAACAAACAGCCUACAUCAGUAGAGCAUUGUAAAUUUUUAUAAUUCAAGCACAUAUAAAACACCUUUUACUUAUAAUGCGGAAGACUGGAAUUACCAUGUAGCAAAUAGAAUUACCAUAGUACAUAUUGUUUGAAAAAUAAUGAACAUACUGUGAUAACCAACGUCAGUAAUAUGGGGUGUUUACUGGGGUAGAAGCAGAACUACACGGGCAUAGGAAAAAUUAACUACUGUAUUAAAAGGUAAUAACUACAAGAUAAGAGAGCUUACGGGAAAUAGAUUCAUCAAGUAUUACAAUCAUUCCCUUGUGAGAAGUAUAGGUGUGGAUGUAGCAAUGGCGGGGGUGAAGGCUUUCGGUAAUGUCCAUAUCUUGGGAAGACGGGACAAGGGGACAGCUUUAAAAUUAAAAUUUUUUGUAAUAAUUUGUUGGAAUAAUGGAUA